AUACGACGAUGUUUUGUUCUUCCUAGCUUUCUUUGCCGCAUCCUUUUUCUCCUCCUCGAAAACAACUCUGAUAGAUUCUCUGGGCAACGGCUUUGCCAUCACCUCCACCACUGUCUUCUUCAUUCUCUUUUGUUGAAAAAGUGUAGGUUCUAAGGGCUUGUAUGAUCAUGUUUAGCCCUAAUGACAUUGAGCCAAUGGUGUGGCCAUCUGUUGAAAAGACUCAUGACCUUCUAGACGGUUUCUUUGCCUUACCGGAGAUCGAGAAGAAGAAGAAAGGGAUGAGUCUUGAGACAUACCUAAAGGAGAAGACAAAGAAGGUUCAGGAGCAAUUCAUGAAAACUCAAAAGAAGCACAUGGAUUAUGUCACUGAUCAAUUGAUGGAGGAACUGCAUCGUGGUCGUAGAAUUGAUGAUCUUGGCUUGAGUGAGAUUAAUGCAUUGAUAUCUUUUUCAAGGGAUAAUAUCAUACUCCAUAGAAAGAAGCUAGAAUUUGUGCAACAUUAUCCUCUUCGCGAUCCACCGGUGCCUCCAUUUAAGGUGCAAUUUGAAGAGCUCACGGCCACCGCAAAUGAUGUUAUUAUACGAGGUGGUCAGAUAAAUGGGUUUUUGCGUCUCCUGAAUCGCCUAAACCUAGAACCUUCCAACCAAUCGAGAUGGAUUUGGUAUCUUAUAACAAAAAGUCCAAGGCAUGUUUUAUACGAAGGAAGCAGUAGAAACGAAAACCUUUAUUUGGAUAUAGAGCAAGUUAGGGCCCCAAUGAUGACCUUCCAUGGUUUGGUUGGGUCAGUCUCUCAUCAGUUACAACAUCACAUCAUCAAUACUCCAACCAUGGAGACGAGUGAACCAAGACAACACCCUUUUGAUUUCAUGAGCCGCGAGUUAGGUGUAAAAGAGGAAGGAAGCACUAUUAACAAUGGUGACUCACAAUUUCAUAGGAGAAGCAACACUAGAGCAGUCAACGAUGGUAUCCAUCAACAGUCACCUCCUAAUGGAACAACCAUUGGAGAAAUUAAUGGUGGUGAAGGUGAUGCUGAUGUGACGUCGUUUGAUAUGAAUAAAGUUUGGCCGUCCAUUAACAAUCAUCAUUUCUAGACUUCUAGUUGGUUGAUCUUUUGGUCAAUUUGUCUUAAUGGGUCUCAAAAACCUCAGUGCAUUUUUAUCUUUAACAAACAUGGUUUUGUUGAAUCUCUCGGUUCUCUAUCUGAAUGUGAGGAUCUAUGCUUUAUAUAUAUUUCACCUUUGUUCUUUUUCAAUGUCUUGUUGGGUUUGUCAUUUGUGUGUAAUGGAAUAAAGUUCUUAUUAUUUU